GUUUCAUCAGAAGAUAUAAUAAAUAAAAAAGAUGAAUUUUUACCUGAGGAAGAGUUAAGUAUUCCCGAUUAUUCUUAUGACGAGAACGAAAUAAAUGAUAUAGACACAAUGCUUUCUGAUGACGUUAGAGUUGGUAGACUUGGUUGGCUAGUAUUUCUUAAUUUAGGCCAGCUGGAUUAUAGAAAUAUUGGCAAAACUAUAGCAAUUACAGAAUUUAUAGCGGCUAAUCGAAGUCAAAGUUAUAUAGGUGAUUUUGAACCUUUUGAGAUUGGGCCCUUUCAUAAGUCAUUUUCUUCCAUUGUUGGGCCUAAUGGAUCAGGAAAAUCAAACGUCAUAGACGCACUUUUGUUUGUUUUCGGUUAUCGUGCGAGUAAAAUGCGACAAGCCAAACUAUCUGAGCUUAUUCACUCGUCGCAUCAAACUUUAGAUUAUUGCGCCGUUGAGGUGCAUUUUCAUGAGAUUCACGAUUUGCCCGGAUCAGAUGAUUUUGAAGUUGUUCCUCAAUCAGAUUUAGUUAUUUCGCGUCAAGCAUCUCGUAAUAAUGCGAGUAAAUAUUUCAUAAGCGGGAGACAAAGCAAUUAUAGCGAAGUAAGAACUUUGUUGAAAGACAGGGGCAUAGAUUUGGAUCAUAAACGGUUUCUAAUCCUUCAGGGUGAAGUUGAAUCAAUAGCACAGAUGAAGCCCAAAGCACCAAAUGAACAUGAAGAUGGACUUUUAGAGUAUCUUGAAGAUAUAAUAGGAACAUCUAAAUACAAAACCCCUAUAGAAGAAGCAAAUGAUAAAAUAGAAAAAUAUAAUGAAGAACGAUUAGAAAAGUUGCAUCGUGUGAAAAUUGUUGAAAAAAGAAAAGCAGGGCUUAGAGAAGCGGAGGAUUUCCUCCGAGAAGAAAAUAUGCUGACUAUGAAAAAGUCGGCAUUUUAUCAACGACAAAUCUUGGAGCUAAAGAAUGAGGUCGAAAUUUCUGCAAGAGCAGUGAAUCAAUUGAAGGAUAAACUUGAAGAAGAACAAGGAAAGCAUACUCAAAUCAAGCAAGAUACUCAAAACUUAGAAAAUAGAUAUAAGAACUCGAUUAAGGAGUAUCAGAAUUUAGAAAAGGAAACCAACCAAAUCCUAAAAGAGUUAUCCGGCUAUGAAAAAGAAAAUAUUCAUUUAGAAGAAAAAAAGAAACAUGCAGUGACAAAACAAAAAAAAUUACUCAAAGCUAUACAAAUUGAUCGUCACGCUCUUUCCGAAGCCAAGACUUCUAUACGAUACAAUGAAGAUGAUUUAAUUGCACGAAGUCAAGAAAUUGCUCAAGCGGAAAAAUCCUUAGAAGUUGAAGAGAGAAAACUUGAAGCAAUUAGAGAAGGUCUAAAGGGUAAGACUGAGAAAUUCUCAGCCCAAAUAGAAGAAAAGCAAAGAGAACUUGCACCAUGGACAGAAAAGAUAAAUUCUAAGCAGUCUGCUAUCGAUGUUGCUCGAUCUGAGCAUAACAUUCUUAAAGAAAAGAUGGAUUCUACAAAGCUUGCUUUAAAUCAAGCAGAAGAAGACGUAGUCUCGCUCGAAGAAACCCGACGUUCAAAAGAACAAGAAAUAAUAGCGACUAAGAAUAAAAUAAAUUUGAUAAAAAAAGAGAUUAACCAAUUAGAACUUUCAUCAAAGGACAACAACAAAAUUCAAGAUAAGUUACGUUCUAGUCUUGCAGAUGCACGUCAAAAGGAGGAAGAAGCGAGAGCACUAUUACAAUCAACUCAGUCUAGAGGUCAGGUGCUUACCAGCUUGCUCAAACUCAAAGAUAGCGGACGUAAUCUCGGUGUUAUAGAUGACAAAUAUGAUAUUGCAGUUUCUACUGCAUGUCAAGCAUUGGACAAUAUUGUAGUUGAUUCAGUUGAAGUCGGUCAAAAUUGUAUAGAAUACCUGAGAAAAAAUAAUCUAGGCCGAGCCCAAUUCAUCCUUUUACAACAGCUUUCCUCUAUGGAUUUGAGUCCAAUUCAAACCCCUGAGGGGGUUCCUCGCCUUUUUGACCUUAUUAAACCAAAAGAGAAAAAAUUUGCACCAGCGUUCUAUAAAGCUUUACAAAAUACUCUUGUUGCAGAAAAUUUACAACAGGCCAGUAGGAUUGCAUACGGUAAACAGCGAUGGCGUGUGGUAACGUUGGAUGGGCAACUUAUUGACAAAUCUGGAACAAUGUCCGGAGGUGGUACCAAAGUAAAUCGCGGGGGAAUGAGUUCAAAAUUUGUUCCUGACGUAACACCAGAGAUAGUUUCAAAUUUGGAAAAGGAACGAAUUCGUUUAGAGAACCAAUGGAGGGAAUUUAAAGAUCAACGUAAAAAUUCUGAAGAUCAACUUUUCCAUAAAAAAAAUGAAAUACCCGAAUUAGAACUUAAUUUGUCAAAGCUAGAUAUGGACCUAAAUGCUUGCAUUAGGCGUAUAGCCGAUACUCAGAAGCGAAUUAACGAGUUACGCCAACAAAACAAGCCGAAUGUGGAAGAUGGAAAACGAAUACAGAAAAUUUUGAAGGAAAUCGAAAAGUUGAUUACAGAGUUAGAAGACCUGAAAGGUCAAUCAUCAAAAAUUGAAGAUGAGAUCAAGAUGUUGCAUGAACAAAUUUUACAGGCUGGUGGAGAUAAGCUUCGGAGUCAAAAAUACCAAGUCGAUUCAAUAAAGGAAAAGAUAGUAAUGAUUAAUGAUAGAAUAACUUCUUCUCAAGUAGCAAAAUCUAAGGCCGAGAAGGACUUGUCUAAAUUUGAAACAUCAAUUGCUAAGAAUGAAAAUGAAAUGGAACAAUUGAAACAAGAGUUAGAACAGCUUGAAAUUGAUAUACGACAAAAGGCCGAAGCUGCACGUUCGAUCAGUGAUCGAGCUAAUGAAGCGAAAAGGAUCUUGGACGAUAGAAAGGAAGAAUUAUAUGAAAUUAAAACAGAACUUGAUGAGAAAACAGAAAUAAUCAAUCAAAUUAGAGCUGUUGAAGUAGAAAUAAGAAACAAGCUCGAAGAUUGUGAACGAACCUUGGCAGAAAAUAAGCAAAAGGAAAAUUAUUGGCUUGGUUUACUUGGAAAACUUACAUUUCACGAAAUUGGAGAUGAACCGAGGCCCGAAUUUCAAACAUAUACAGAUGACGAGCUUUUAGCAAUGGAUAAAGAAAAUUUAAAAAAUGAAAUAGAGUCGCUCAAUGCGAAGAUACAGGAUGCUAAUCCCAACCUCAACGUCUUACUGGAAUAUCGUCGAUGUGAGGAAGAAUAUAAAUCACGUGUAAAAGAUCUUGAAGAAGUAACGUCGAUUCGUGAUGAAUGUAAAAGGCAGUAUGACGAAUUGCGUAAAUUAAGGUUGGAAGAAUUCAUGCAUGGGUUUACUUUAAUUUCUCAGAAACUCAAAGAAAUGUAUCAGAUGAUUACACUUGGUGGGAACGCAGAGCUUGAAUGUUGUGACAGCCUGGACCCAUUUUCCGAGGGUAUCAUAUUUAGUGUAAUGCCUCCAAAGAAAAGUUGGAAAAAUAUUUCUAAUCUAUCUGGUGGAGAAAAGACACUAAGUUCUUUGGCUUUGGUAUUUGCGCUUCAUCAUUACAAGCCCACCCCGUUGUACGUGAUGGAUGAGAUUGAUGCCGCCUUGGAUUUUAGAAAUGUGUCAAUUGUCGCAAACUAUAUAAAAGAGCGUACAAAAAAUGCACAAUUUAUUAUUAUUAGCCUACGAAAUAAUAUGUUUGAGUUGGCCGAUCGAUUAGUUGGUAUAUACAAAACUAAUAAUAUGGUUGGUACCUUGGCAAGUGUGUUAGCCGAAGAAGUUGCGGCCGACCAAGAACAAUCACAUGAACCUUUCAUCACUGGAGAUACGAUUCUUAUGUUGACCACGGAUGAAGAUAUCUUAAAAACAUGUGAAAUAGUUGAAGAUAAUGAUAUUAAUUAUGAUGAAGAAACGACAGUGUCAAUCACGAUUGAUAAUGAUAAAAAAGAUAUAUUAGUUCCCUCCUUUAAACUUUGGGAUGAGGACGUUGGUAGCGGUUUACGCAGUAAAGCACAAGAGGUUGAAUAUGAACGAUAUCAACAACAAUUGGCAGUAGAGAAAUUACGUAACACAGAUUCUAAAAGUUUGAUAUCAAUAGCAGCUUUACGUAAUAAAGAUUCUACGAGUGAUGUAAGUAAAUUAGAGACGGUACAUAAAAAAUUACUUAAAGAAGCAGAGGAUCAAUUGGCACGAUAUGAUUCUUUAGGAUUAGGAGGGAAAAAGAGGAAAGUAGAUGCAAUAAUCAACAAUAACAGUAAUAUAGGAGGAGAAAAUAAAGUUCCUGAAGAACCUGACAACAAGAAAGCACGACUUCGUGUACAAAGACGUACCAGUAGUGCAAAUCCAGAAGAAGUUUUAACACAAUCAUCAAAAGAUGAGACAACACGAAUUACUCGAAGUCGUAAAAAGAAGGAUGAAAAACAAGUUGAUGAAAUUAAAAUCUUUAACACUAAAUCAACAGAAAUUGUAAACCACAAAAAAAUUACACGUCCUUCUACGUCUUCAUAUAUUCAACAACAACUUGCCACAUUUAUAAAACCAAAUACAGCAAUGCCAACGGGAUCCCGGAAGAGUACACGUUCAGCACUUGCAUUUGGAUAUAAAGUUCCUGUCAAACCCUUUGUGAAAAAAGAUUUCAGUCUUCCGGUUUCUAUAUUUGGAGAAAUGAUGAAUGAAAGAGAAAAUUUUCGAUUACAAGAAUAUCAACAACAAAUGGACGCAGGAGAGGAAUUUAAAAAACUUUAA